AUGGCCCGCCCGACAGGAGGGCGCUCGGCAGCCGCGCCGCCCGCCGAGGCGCCGCCGACGGCCGCCUUCGAAAAGGCCGUCGACGUCCCUGUCCUCGGCGUCUUCCUUCUCGGCACCCUUCUGAAGUUGCUCUUGAUGCCAUCGUACAAGAGCACUGACUUUGAAGUGCACCGCAACUGGCUCGCGAUCACAGCGUCCUUGCCGCGUACCGAGUGGUACUUUGAUGCUGGCAGCGAGUGGACGCUGGACUACCCGCCGUUCUUUGCGUGGUUUGAGCGCUUUCUCGGGCUCUUUGCCGCAUAUGUAGACCCGGCCAUGCUCGCGCUCACGCCGCUCAACUACGCCAGCGCUGGCACGAUCGUGUUUCAGCGCCUCUCGGUCAUCGCCUCGGAUGCUGUCUUGUACUUUGGCAUUAUCAAAUACUGCAACUCAUGGCCGCGCGUGACGACGACCGAGGUCGCGUUCAACACCAACAAGCGCGUCGUCGUGCUCCUCCUCACGUUCCUCGACGCCGGCCUCCUCAUGGUCGACCACGUCCACUUCCAGUACAAUGGCAUGCUCCUCGGCCUCCUCAUUCUGAGCGUCGCCUACAUCCGCGAGGGCCAAGACGUCAAAGGCGCGUUCGUCUACGCGAUCCUGCUCAUGCUCAAGCACAUUUAUCUCUACGUCGCACUGCUCUAUUUUGUGUACCUUUUGGGGCACUACUGCUACACGGUGCCGCGGUCGGCGCAGCUCCGGAAGCGGUCGCUCUCCAACACGGACGUCCACGAGACGCUUGAGGCGCUCGUGAACGGCCACGGUCGCUUCCGUUUCCGUCGGUUCCUCACGCUUGGCGCCGUCGUCGUCGUUGUCUUUGGCGUCGCCUUGGCCUCCGUCAUUGUCGGCGACCCAAGCUCCCGUGGCGUGCUUGUGCAUCUGCAGCAGAUUGCGUCGCGGCUCUUCCCGGUCCAGCGAGGGCUUUGCCAUGCGUACUGGGCACCGAACGUGUGGGCGCUCUACGCGUUGGCCGACAAGGUGCUCGCAACGCUCUUGCGCGUGCCGUCGCCGGUCGGCACCAUGAGCGGCGGUCUCGUCCAAGAAGCGAGCUUUGUCGUUUUGCCGUCGGUCGCGCCAGUCGUGUGCCUCCUCCUGACGCUGCUUACGAUGGCGCCCGUGCUCCGCGACGUCGCCAAGUACCCGGACCCGUCGCUCUUCAUGCCAGCGCUUGUCUACUGCAUGCUCUGCUCGUUCCUCUUUGGGUACCACGUCCACGAGAAGGCGAUUCUCCAAGUCACCUUGCCGCUCGGCCUCUUGGCGGCCGAGAGCACGCGGGACGCCAAGCUCUACCGCAUCGCGACGCUCGUCGGCAACAUUUCGCUCUUCCCGCUUCUCUUUACGCCGGCCGAGAUAGGCACGCGCGCGCUCCUCACGGCGACGCACGCCCUCUUUGCCAACGUCUGCCUCGAUCCGUUCCACGCCUACUCGCUCAAGGCGCGGCGCAUCAAGUACGCGGGCAUCGGCCUCACGCGCCUCCAGCAAGCCUACGUGACGCUGCUCGUUGGCGUAGCGGGCGCGGCGAUGCUGCUACCGAUUGUGUUGCCAAGAUACCCGUUCUUGCCGCUGCUGCUGCUGUCCGUGACGUGCGCGCUCGGCGUGCUUUACGUGUGGAUCUUUGCGUUUCUGCAGCACCGCCGCAAGCUCGACUCGCUGAAAACGUACUUGAGCGGCGACAAGCCGACCCCCGCCGAGGCGCCCGCGGGCCGGUUUGAGCUGUUUUAA